CCUCCUCGUGCAGCCGGUACGGAGCACGCGCGCAGGAUCGAGCCUGAAAUUCAAACUUGACCAAAUCCUGCAGCAGCUCCAGAGAGCCGCGCGGGCAGAGCGGGACGGAGCGGAGGAUCUAACCGGCGGAAGGAGGAAUCGGACCGACAAGGUGACACCUUCCCGGGUCCCUGCCGGCGCGGCGCGCGGUAGUUUGCACGCGCUGCGGAUCUGCUAGCCUCAGAGGAUCGUCCUCAGCAGCGGACGGAUGAGGAGCGGGACUCCGCCCGCGCCGAGCAGGAAUCCGUUUCUCCACGCGCACAAGCAGCUUGCAGCGCUGCGCGCGGCGGACGGAGCAGCGCGCGCUCCCGGGAUGUUCUGAAGUCUCCUUUCUCCCACAGGCCGGAUCCGGGGGAGAAGCUGCGCUCGUGCGGGGAGCCUGGAUGAUUAAACCUCCUUUCUGAUUCUGCGUCCUCGCGCUCGCAGGCGCGCGCCGGAGCAGCGGAGGGAUUCCGGUGGAUUUUAGGGCUCAGCUCCCAGCAUCACUUUAUCUCUUUCUUUCCGUCCCUCCUUUGGGUUUGGAGUUUUCUGUGGCGGGUUUGACGCGCAUGGCGCGAGGCGGCGCGAGCCCGCUCACUUUCAGCCCGGUGCGCAUUUGGGGAGGGGGACUCUGAGGGGAGUUUCAGCCCCUCCAUCCACCAACACCCCCCUGGUCGGCUUUUUCCUGUCGGACCACCUGAUAUAUAUAUAUUUGCCUAUUUGCGCGCGCGUGCGCACGCACAGCCUGCACAGCCGCGCGGAUCUGCUCUGGAUGGGGAACGGGAGGACGCAGCAGCGGGAACCGGGAGUUGGGAUGCGCCGUUUUUGAGGAUCUGUGUUUUGGGAGGAUACGUGCGCGCGGAGCGAUCGGGAGGAGGACGGACUGAGCAGAGGAGCGGAGAUCCAUGACGGUAUCCGGAGGGACUGAUCGGACCACCAGAUGACAGAACGGUGGGAGGGUGUCCUUGUUAGCUUGUCAUCCUGUUGUAACCCUCAAGCAAGUGAUGUGAGCGGAAUUUCAAUUGGUCUGUGAAGCGUCGACUCCGCCUGCUGACUUCCUGGCUCCCAGAGAACCUCAGGUGACAGAACCAAUGGGAGCCUCUUAAGUGCAUCUGCUCCUCACGUGGUUGAACUGCAUGAACCUGGAGGAACAUCAGAGCAUCUGCUCCUGAGUCAAAGGUGCUGCAGAUCAGAUCCAGUCUGAUCCGGACUCGUCCCCCAGAGAGAGGAGCCCUGACGGAUCAGCUGGCGAGCAGCCAUGGACUCCCUCACUUCGCUGGUCUGCCCCGUCCUCGUCCUGCUGUUCCUGCCCCCCUGCUUCCCCUCCAUGCUGUGCCCAAAGCGCUGCACGUGCCAGAACCUGCUGCCGUCCUACACCGUGCUGUGCGCCAAGACGGGCCUCCUCUUCGUCCCGCCCAACAUCGACCGGCAGACGGCCGAGCUGCGGCUGAUGGACAACUUCAUCACCACGCUGAGGCACCGCGACUUCGCCAACAUGUCCAGCCUGAUCCACUUGACCCUCAGCAGAAACACCAUCAGCCAGAUCAGGCCGUACACCUUCGCUGACCUCCAGGAGCUGCACGCCCUGCAUAUGGACGCCAACCGCCUGACCGUCCUGGACGACUCCCACUUCCAGGGCCUGGUGAACCUGAGGCACCUCAUCCUGGCCAACAACCAGCUGCACAGCAUCUCUGAAGGAGCCUUCCAGGACUUCCUGGAGACUCUGGAGGACUUGGACCUGAGCUACAACAACCUGGUGGACAUCCCCUGGGACACCAUUGCGUUGCUGGUCAGUGUCAACACGCUCAGCCUGGACCACAACCUCAUCGAGAGCGUCCCCGAGGGGAUCUUCUCCAACCUGCACAAGCUGGCCAGACUGGACAUGACGUCUAACAAGCUGAAGAAGAUCCCCCCCGACCCGCUCUUCCUCCGGAUCCCCGUGUACGCCAAGAUGAAGGGCUCGCCGCUCACGGCGCUGGUGCUGAGCUUUGGCGGGAACCCGCUGCACUGCAACUGCGAGCUGGUGUGGCUGCGCAGACUCACCCGGGAGGAUGACCUGGAGACCUGCGCAUCCCCCAAAGACCUCGCCGGCAAAUACUUCUGGACCAUACGCGAGGAAGAGUUUGUCUGUGAGCCUCCGAUGAUAACCCGUCACACCUCCAAGAUGUUCGUGAUGGAAGGUCAGGAGGUCAGCCUGCGCUGCAAGUCCAUCGGAGAUCCGGAGCCGUCGACCCACUGGGUCAGUCCUGACGGGAAGCUGAUCGGAAACACCUCCAGAACCAUCUGCUACGAGAACGGAUCGCUGGACAUCCUCAAGGCGUCCGUCAAGGAUUCUGGGAAGUUCACAUGCAUCGCCUCCAACGCGGCCGGGGAGGCCACGGCGCCGGUGGAGUUGGUCGUCAACCCCUCGCCUCAUUUUGACCCCAAGCUGGACCCGGACCCGGGGCCGUCCGACAUCCCCACUUCCAUCAAGUCCAACGUCAGCGGGGGUCACCUCAGGCCCGACCAGCAGAGGGUCAGCGUGUCGGACCUCACGUCGAGCUCGGCGGUCAUCCGGUGGCCGCCCCAGAACCACAUCCCCGGCGUCCGCAUGUACCAGAUCCAGUACAACAGCUCCACGGACGACAUCCUCAUAUACAGGAUGAUCCCUGCCAACCACAAGUACUUCCUGCUGAGCGACCUGGCGUCGGCGCGGGACUACGAGCUGUGCGUCCUGGCCGUGUAUGACGACGGCAUCACCACGCUGACCGGCACCAAGCUGGUGGGCUGCGUGUCGUUCAGCACCGACUCCGAAUACGGACACUGUCACUCCAUUCGAGACCAGUUCCUGGGCGGGACGAUGAUCAUCAUCAUCGGAGGGAUCAUUGUGGCCUCGGUGCUCGUCUUCAUCUUCAUCCUCCUGAUGAAGUACAAGCUGCACAGCAACCACUACAAGCAGAAAGCCGCCGCGCGCCAGGCCAACGUCUGCUCCCAAACCAACGGAGGGGGAGGGGGCGGAGCCAACAUCCUGGCUCUGCCUCCGUCCUCCUCCGCUGGAGGCCAAGGAGGAUGUGUAAAUAAGAACUCGCAGCCGUCAUCGUCAGCGGAGGGCGUGGGAGGAGCUUCUCUUCGAGGGACGACUGUGGUGGACCUAAAUCAUACUCAUGAUGAUGAUGCAAUUUCCCAAUAACACACAAGAAACUGUCAGUCAGACCCCACCAGUCUCCACCCCCCUUCUUUUUUUUCUACUUCAAUUGUUGCUGGUGCCUGGAGCCAGACUCCACUUCCCUGCAGGAGACGCUCCUGACAUUGAUUUACCUACAUUCAGCUUCACAGUGCUGGAAGGAGAAGAGGCAGGAGAGGUAGAUCUGCGGCCGUCAGCCCCGUUCUGAGCCCUGAUGACCCGGUUCUGGACCCAGGGACUCCAUCCGCUCUCAGACGCCACGGUGCACCUGACAGAACCUCCACCUGAAGGGUGACAGCUGCAAUAGCCGUUGUUACGCCGGAGCCUCCAUGCCGCUGGGACGGACAUGUGGGACGCAGGUCGGGCUUUGAAGCCCGCUCGUGUUCGGUGCUGACCCAACGGGGGUUUUACAGAAGAAUCGUCCGCUUCUAGACGAGCUCUCAGUCGUAUGACGAGGAUUUACUGAAGGUCCAGUUCCUGAAAUUGACAGUUGGAUUCUGCAGGAACCUGGAGUUCUGCUCCUGGAAUGUACUUCUCUGCACUUCUGGGAGGUUUUCUUCUGCCGGACACUUGGUGGCGCCGCUCUUCUCUUUCCCCACUAUAGUCAUAUGCCAAAGGAUAACAGUAUUAUGACCGCAUUACUUCACUGACAGACGUAAACCUUUUUUUCUUUUUGACUCUUAGCACUUACAGAGAAGUUGAGAAG